AUGAAAUAUAGCUCAUUGGAAUCAUCUCAACAAGAUGAAUCUAAUGGUAGUAAAAUCGCAUUUCUAGGAUUAAUACUUAAAGAGAUAUUAAUAACUGAAUACAUUAAGAAGAAUGAAGCCACUAACACAUCUGUAAAUAUGAUGAAUGUUUCAAAUAUUUUAAAUAAUCUGAAAAGUAAUGAAAUAGAGUCUUACACAUCUUAUACAACAUCUACAAUUCUAACAACUUCUCUAUUUCACAACUAUGAAAUUUCAAGUAUCUCAAACAAUUUAAGUAAUGAAGUUGAGCUUUACUUAACAUCAAAAACUCCUACAACUUCUUCAUUCCACAGCUAUGAAAUUUCAAAUAUCAAAGAAAAAUUAAUAGGCUUAUGCGAGAAAGAAAAGAAAGCAAAGGUGAAAUUAUCAUUAAGUUAUGGUAUUGUCAAUUUGAAUAAUAGUAGAAUCAUGGAUGUCUUGGGACAAUCUGUAAAGUUUUAUUUUGAAGCAAAAAUGAAGAAAUAUAAAUCACAAAUAACCAUGUCAAAAGAAGCUUUAGAAACUUUGAAGUAUUUAAAUGUAAUAGUAUAUAUUAAUUAA